AGAAAUAUCUAUCAGCGUGCAGGCCAUGCAUUGUCUACGACCCUGCGCUUCGGAAAAUUUUGCCCAAUUCCUAAUUUCUUGGAAUCUUCUUCUUUCCUCUCUCAUUCUUCUCUCUUCUCCUGCAGUUUGGUCCCCGCAGCUUUUUCAGCCUUUCACUAAUCUUCUGCAAAGCCAAUUCAAUUUCUGAUCCUUUCCUCCGACAAAUCUUAUUCAUUUCAUUGGGAUUUCGGAUCCCAAAAAUAUCGAAAUCAGAUUCCCUCGAUUUCACCAAUCGUCGCUAACUCUUUUUCGUUUAUAGAAGUUGGGAGCUUUUGGGGAUCGAAUUAAUGGAGCUUCGGAUGCUAAAAAAGGGAUCCAAUUUCUCCGGCAGGAGAAGAAAAUGGCUUUUGAUUCUCGCAGCUCUCGGAGUAUCGAGUUAUGGCCUCUACACGGUGUAUAAUUUGCCGUCGGUGGCGAGGAAACGGAAGAGGCUGAUGAAGCUUUUCGGAGCCCUAAUUUCCAUGGCCGAAUUGGUCUCCGAUUCCGCCGAGACGAUCGGAAUCGUGUCUAGGGAUUUGAAGGAGUUUCUGAAAUCCGAUUCCGACGAAUUGCCCAAAAGUCUGAAGCAAAUUUCGAAAAUCGCGAGGUCGGAGGAGUUCUCCGAAUCGUUGAGUAGGUUGACUGAGGCGUUGACGAUUGGGGUUCUGCGAGGGUACGAGUCGGAGGCGAAGAAUGGGAGUGAAUCGGCGACGAUUCAAAGCUUUCCUGAUAGGGUUAUGGAUAGGAUUUUCUCUACGGCCGGGACUGGUUUCGCUUCGGUUGUGGUGGGAAGCUUUGCGAGGAACUUGGUUAUGGGGUUUUACUCUGAUCGGCAAUCCGUUAAUCGACCUGGAACCUCCAAUUUAUCGGACAUUCCUGAAUGGUUGAGCUUGAUUUGUAGCGAUAAAAGCAGAGAAUUAAUGGCGGAUUGCAUAAGGGUCUUCGUCAGCACCGCCGUCGCAGUUUAUCUAGACAAGACAAUGGAUAUCAAUUUCUAUGACGACGUAUUCACCGGAUUGACCAAUCCAAAACAUCAAGACAAAGUGAGGGACAUUCUGGUUUCUGUAUGUAAUGGCGCUGUGGAAACGCUAGUGAAAACAUCUCACCGAGUACUGAGUUCAAGCUCGAACUCGAACUCGAAUUCGGAUAUUAGUAUUAGUAGCCGUCCUUCUUGUUCAAUUGUUGAUCAGAGUGAAAGUCCAAGCGGAAGUAUUGAUGAGGGUUUUGUAAAAGGGAGCUCUGUUUAUAAGAUUCAGGACAGUAGGUGGGUUGGUAUUGUCUCAUCGACAUUGGCGGUGCCGAGUAAUCGAAAAUUCAUGCUUGAUGUAACUGGGAGAGUCACAUUUGAGACAGUACGAUCGCUUGUGGCAUUCAUGUUGUGUAGGAUAUUAGAUUGUUUGAAGAGAAGUUUUAGUGUAGCCCAUGAGGAGGUUGUGGACAGGGGAUUGGUAGUGGUCAGAUAUUUUGGUGCAAAGUCUUCUGUUAUUGUCACCAUUUGUCUUGCUUUGUACUUACAUAUCGCGGCUGGUACUAGAGUUCUGCUUCCUGCUUAAUUCAGGGCAUUAAGGGUUGUAUGCAUUUGUUCUCGUGUCUUAAUUGUUCCUGCUGUUAAAAAGUUCUUAGUUAUUGAUUUGUGGUAAAGCAUUGAUUUUGGGCUAAAUGUAUCUUGUGGCUCACAUUAGCUUUGACAGAAUGUGUAGUUGUGUAUCUAGACAAGAACUUAAAUGGUAUUCUCCUUGUUUUCCCUUAUAUAUUUUCUACUUUUGUUCCUUUUCAA